AUUUUAAUCUUCUUUAUCUUUCAUAUUAAAACAGUUUGGCCUAAUAAACCGCAGAGCAAGCUGGAGUUAAUUAAUUAGUUAGUUGUGUGAUCUCAGCAGGAAAUGUAUUUGCUUCAGAAGUCUGUUGUUUUGUGUCCCGCUGGUGAAUGAAGAGAACAAGAAGAGCGCUGAUAAAUUGAACACAUAUUUAUUUUGUAUGUGGACAGUCUAUGUGAAUGAGAUGUCGUCUUGUGGGAGCUUAAAUAACUGCAUGUGAGCGCGGAUGAACUUCUGUGUCUCUCUGAACGAGUUCAUUCGGUGGGCUUCAUCUCUAAGCAACAUACUGUCUGUCACCUAGCAACAAUGAGAGCUGCAUCCCGCUGCUCGACACACAUGAGAAGCGUGAUUAUUUCUGCUAUGAGUUCAUGUGACCCUUUGACCUUUGACCUGUAGUUACAGCUACGACCUGAGCCAUUCGCUGCAGUAUAACAUGACGCUGGAGAAACUGAGGAGCUCAACACCAGCGGCAGACAGGACAGCUUUGACAUCUUUGAAGAGGAGGGACUCCCCACUCAAUUGGCUCUAUACUCCAGAUUUCUUUGUUGCGUGUUGAUAUCAGAUGUUCUUUAACGCUGGCGCUCAGAGCUGUUGAUCUACGGUCGGCCGGUGUAUGUCACGCUCAUCGCCCGUCGCUCCAGCCGCUUCGCCGGGACACGAUUCCUCAAGCGAGGAGCCAACUGUGAGUGGACCAGGCCGACCUGUACGCUCACAUCGCUCCUCUUCACUUCGAUCAGAUGCUGCAGAGGUUUGGAUCGCCAAUCAUCAUCCUCAACCUUGUCAAGAAACGAGAGAAGCGGAAGCAUAAGAAGAUCCUAAGUGAGGAGUUUUACCCCCGCCAUCAUCAACCUGAACCAGUUCCUCCCACCAGAGCACGUAUCGAGUACAUCACUUGGAACAUGGCAAGAUACACCAAGAGAUUUGCUCAUCUGGGUCAGAACCAGCACAAGGUGGAGGGAAAUGAUGAGACCAAGAAAUUAGACGCCGUCAUCACCCUGUGGUUGCUAACAACCUAGAAGACCAUAUCAACACCCUGGCAGUGUGGCAGUGACUUUUGCACAGGCAAGUGCUGCUUAAAUUUUCUUUAAAAAUGUUAAAAAUAUAGUGUAAUUUUAUCAUUUGUUGAUUUGAUUAAUUGUUUUGUGAAUGAUAUAUUUGAAAAUUAUAUUUUAUUACUGAAUUAUACAUAUAUGUGCACAUCUGACUCUCUUUCUCUCUCUCUCUCUCUCUCUCUCUCUCUCUCUCUCUGUGCAGCA